CGGUCUGCAUGAAAAACACGCAACGGAGGAGCAUUCGUCACUUUUACGCGCGAGGUAUUUACGUCUUUUACGCCCCACGCGGAAACAAAUUGGUCCAGGUUUGAGAGCGCUGCCAAUAAUUCGUUACCUGUCACCGCUCCGCUGAGGGUACGGUAAUUAUGCUUCCCAGCCCGGUCAUCACUUCUUCCACCACGCCUUUUUCUGUGAAGGACAUUCUGAGGGUAGAGUUGCAGCAGCAAUCUCAGCAGCACCAGCUUCCGUUCAUGUCGUGCUUCGGCGCGCUGUCGCACGCGGCCGCCUUCCCGGACAAGCCGCCGCGCUCCCCCUCGCCCCCAUCCUGCAUGCUGGCCGGCAGGGACAGUUCGAGUCCCGUAAGCUCCGGCCUCUCGGAGGGCGAGGAGAGGAUGUCGUACCUGAGCUCCAUGACAGUAACGGAGCGGCUGGCGGAGUCCGGGCUGCCGGUGGACGUGUUCAGCGCCGCGGUGCCGAACCACGCCGAAGACCCCGGACUAGAAACCGAGCACGAGGACCCAGAGAGCAAGAGCUGCCGUGUGCUGCAGGGCGACUGCGAAGACCCAGACUCGGACAAACCUGCCAACAAGCAGCAGCGGACCAGGAGGAAACCCCGCGUCCUCUUCUCGCAGGCCCAGGUGUUCGAGCUGGAGCGGCGCUUCAAACAGCAGCGCUACCUGUCCGCCCCGGAGAGGGAGCACCUGGCCAGCUCCCUCAAGCUCACCUCCACGCAGGUCAAAAUCUGGUUCCAGAACAGGAGAUACAAAUGCAAAAGGCAGCGGCAGGACAAGACUCUGGAGAUGGCGGGACACCACCACCACCACCAGCAGCAGCAGCCGCCUCCCAGACGGGUGGCGGUGCCGGUUCUGGUCAGGGACGGGAGGCCUUGUCUGACUGGAUCCCAGAGCUACAGUGCUCCCUACACAGUCGGAGCACCGAACCCCUACAGCUACAACGGCUACCCAUCGUACAGCUACAACGGCUCCGUGUACACCAACACGUACUCCUGUACUUAUUCCAGCUUGUCCGCGCUGCCUCCCAGUAACAGCAGCGCCAACGCGUUCAUGAACGUGAAUUUAGGGAUCCUCGGCGCACAAACGCAGAGCCAGGCUCCCCAAGGAUCGGUGGUCACGCCCUGCCAAGGAACUCUACAGGGCAUCCGGGCAUGGUAACGCAGCCACGGGGGUUCUCCUUGAAGGACUCGGUGAACUUAAACAUUUCAAUCAGCAACUGGACGAGACGGGCGCCGUUCAAACCUGUGCGCAACAACAAACACUGCGCAACUGGCGUUUCCAGCCGAGCUUGGAGCACGAGGAACCCUAUGACGUUGACCCGGUCCAUCACCUUAUAUACGUACAGUGUUUGUCCCUGAGCUGCGGUGUUUAACCCGCCGUUGGACGGUCGAUCAUUGCGCUGAAAGUAGGCAAUGCGCAAAGACUGUGCGUAAAGUGGUUUCAAAGUGUUUGUAAAUUUUGAAUGUUCAGAAUAAUAAAAGGAGAUUGUAAGGACAUUUUCAAACAAACAUACAAAUUCGUUCUUUCAUAAUG